AUGGGUUGCGGCGGCUACCCGACAGGAUGGAAUCGACCGACCCGGACGUCAUCAGACAGGGUCGUCCGGGGACAGGAACAGCUGGAUGGGAGGGCGGGGCUUUGGCCAACGUGGCAUUUUCCGUCCUGCCUGGAAGCUUCCAGAAAGGCUGAGAAGGCAGGAAGGGAGGCAUGCGGACGUGGCACCCAAGCGCAAGCCAGCCGGAAGUCACGUGUGACCGCAAAGCACAAAGGUGGCCUGCAGACAAGCAGCUCAGACGACGCUCAUGCAGACUCUGGAGUGACCUCUGACCUUCCUUCUAAAAUCCCAGCGAAGCGCUCUGCCGCCCCCUGCUGUCUGUUCUCGUCACGCUCAGAAACCGGCAAAAUUCUCGCGGCUCUUCGGAUGAGAUUCCGCCGUUCUUGUCGGGAGGAUCGGCUGUCACGCCAGCUGCUGAGACCGUUCUACACGGGGACUGUGUACCUCCAUCCCAGUCUGCUUUGGGGCAAAAUCAGACGGCGAGGGGCGAUCGAAACCGCCGGACCACCCUUGAAAACAGACGCGCCGCUCGAACUGGGUCCAGAGCGGGCAGGAUCCCUUCGGACCCUCCACAUGCCGGCCAACUGCUCUUCCGGCCCCUUCCGUCGGAUGCGAGUCCAAACGAGCGGGCAUUUCCAACAGUUUUUUUUCCCCCCUCUGGGAAUGAAGUCGGGAAAUUCUCAAUCAGCGAAUGUACAAUUUUGCGCCUCGUGCCGUUGUUGAGACGCUCACUCGCAUCCUGCCGGGCCAAUCAGUAUCGGUAUUAGUGAUAGAUUUUGGAGAUUAGCGCACGAUUGGUCACUUGCAACUGCUCCCUUUUUGCACAAUUGUCAUUGGACUGGCCUGGAACGGGAACGGGUAAAGGGACAAUGGGGGGGGGGACGCACUCUCAUCUCUGACCUCUUCUAAACGAAGAAGAUUUUCCAUCGUGCACGACUCUUCUUAUAAGGAAUAGUUCCCGUCCCUGGUUUUU